AUGCGCGAUGGAUAUACCGAAAAGAGUCUAUGGCAAUCGCCUUUACCCAAAAGCGCCUACGUAGUCGAUGAUCCCGGCUUCCCACCUCGUAAAGGGCCAGAUACAAAGCCUUGGACUGGGACCCCGGCGUUCUGCCCAGCCCUCGAAGGCAUCGACCUUCCAGGCGCCCAAUGGCACCGUCUAGCCUCAGUACCAGCCUUCACUGUUUGUAACAAAUGUUACAGUACAACGAUACGGGAUGGUCUAACCCAGUUCUUCUCGUCCUUCUCAACUGCCUUCCAGCAGAUGUCUCCCUCGGAAGUCCCUUCGCGGCCCCUCUGCUACUUUUCGACGCCACAUGUACGACGACUCUGGUCUGACGUCCAGAGGGUGCGCUCUCUCGACGGGCUCAUCGCGUACGCUCGCAUGCGCACAUCCCUUCCUCAAUGUGCCGGCCCGCAAGGCUGCACACCGGCCUCGCCCCUCGCCCCGCCAACCUGGUACACUCUAUCGCCCUUUCGGUUGCCACAGGUGGAGGGUUUUGUGAUUUGCGCAACUUGCUAUCACGACGAAGUCGCGGGUUCUCCCGCCGAAGCGUGCUUCCACCCACAUUCUGGUAGCCAAGGUCCCUCUGAGACGUGGUCAUGCGAUGCCUCAGUGCCGCGCGUCAGAUGGCUGCUGCGAGAGCUCGCGAGUACCAAUGUCACUUGGCAGAGGGGCGAGGCUUUCUCAAACGGUGCUAAGCAGCGUCUCCUGGAGUGCCCGCCGUGCCCCGGCGUCGGCGUGCGCGUCGACUCGCGAUCUUAUACUUGGUUCAAAGCCAAGGGCGAACCCAAGUACUCUGACAAUUUCGCAGAGAUGGCAAUUUGCGGCGCCUGCGUUCUCGACUUCAUCUCAUCUGCCCCGGCCGCUGGCAUACCAGGCGUGACCGAAGACAUGUUCGAGCGUCGCGCGCCUGUACCAAAGUCCGAGCCCGACUCCGAUGCCAACCGAUGCACCUGCGAUGCUGCAGUGCCGAGUUUCCGCUUUGCUCUCACUCAAGAUUACAACCAUCCUCCACCGCGCAUGCCGGGCGUCUGCGCGAUAUGGGGACCAGGUGUCGACAACACAGCGCCAGCAGACAUAUGGCGAGACGCCGCGCGUCGAUUAUCCAUGCCCGGCGGAUCCUGCGCUGAGCAGCCGGGCAACGCCAUACCGGAAUUCGCACAAUCAUACCGCAUUCGCUGGGCCGGUUUCGCAAGCCCCGUACUCGACUUCGAUCUUUGCGCGGCGUGCUAUAUGGGCAUAGCCCGCCCGCUGGGCUUCCACGAUAAGUUCGUGCAGACGGCCGCGCGCAACAAGAUCUGCGACCUCGGGCACGCGCAACCGAGGCGCGACGAGGUUCAACGAGCACUCAUCGGCGCAUGCGCGAUGCGAGACUUUGGCAUCUUUGAGAGGUGGGUGUUGGAGAACAUGGGGGCUGACACGACGGGCGUAGGCAAUGGGACGUCUGUCACUUUCGGUACUUCGGGGCUGGUGGUACCGCGUAUCGAGGAUUUCAAAACCUAG